GUCCUGGUGGCCAAUGGCGCAGCGCUUCGUGUAGGAACCGCUGCCGAGGGGGUGGAGGGCCUGCGCGAGCGCCGUUGGGCGGGAGUGGCGCGAGCGGCGCUGAGGGGCGAAGGGCCGAAGUGAGGAACCAGAGAAAUGGCCACUACGCAAUCUGUCUUCACAUUUGCUCUCUGCAUUCUAAUGAUAACUGAAUUAAUACUGGCUACAGAGAGCUAUUACGAUAUCUUGGGAGUACCAAGAAGUGCAUCUGACCGCCAGAUCAAGAAGGCAUUUCACAAGCUGGCUAUGAAAUACCACCCAGACAAAAAUAAGAGCCCUGGUGCAGAAGCGAAAUUUAGAGAAAUUGCUGAAGCAUAUGAAACAUUAUCAGAUGAGAAUAAACGAAGAGAAUAUGAUCAGUUCGGCCGUCGUGGAGGACAAGGCAACAAUGAAAGCCCGUUUCAUCAGUCAUUUAACUUCAACUUUGAUGAUCUGUUCAAAGACUUUGACCUCUUUAGUCAAAACUCACGGUCAAAAAAGCACUUCGAUAAUCAUUUCCGAAGUCAUCGGGAAGCUCAUAGUCGGCAAAGACGUUCUUUCCAAGAGUUCUCCUUUGGGGGUGGACUGUUUGAUGAGGUGUUGGAAAAUAUGGAAAAAAUGUUUUCAUUUAGUGACUUUGAAAAUGCACACCGACAUGCAGUGCGAACUGAUACCAGGUUUCAUGGAUCCAGCAAGCACUGUAGAACUGUCACUCAGAGACGAGGAAACAUGGUUACCACAUAUACAGACUGUUCAGGACAAUAAUGUUUCCAUUCUUUUAAUCUCUUUGCUUCUUUCAACAUCUUCAUAACCUUUCAUGGUUUUGUGCUAACAUGGAGAAAAAUCUUUGAACUGUUUGUUCUAGAAAACACUUAAUGACUCUAAAGAAAUUGUAGAUGAAACUAAUUUCAGAAUAGAAGCAACAUGCAUUUGGGACAUAGAUGUCUCAGUAACCACUUAGAAUGGGAGUGAAAUAUCUUGUGUGACAGAAGAAAUUAUAUGUAUUUCAGUUUAGUAAACACUUUCCAUAAAUUUGAACUCCAGUACAAGCUAUAUAUUUUUAAUUUCAGUAAUGUAAUACAAUUUUUUCAUAUAUGCCAGUUCAGGACUGUUGGAGUUACAGGUGUGUGGAUUGCAGUAGAGGAGACCUUUGCUAUUUGUACCUGAUAUGGACUUAUGCAAAUUAGAUAAUUUACAUAAAAUAGCAUCAGAAACAUGACUUACCUGGGUGUUUGUUUCUCUGUCCAGUAUUGCAAAAGUGUUAAUAAAACUCCCACUUUUUAAAGUGGGAAGAUUAGGCUUCACCUAGGAAAGUAAUGUAGGAAUUACUUUUAUUUCCAAAUAGCCUUUCAUUGGCCUGAAAAGAUUCUAGGAUUUGAAUGACUGUUGACUUAUUUAAGGGCUAUUCAUAUAUGUAAACUUGUGUGCACACAAGGUCUCUCUUUUUUUUUUCUUUUUAAAUACAAGUAUCUUUUCAACAAGGUUUGGAAAAGCGUACUGAAAACACUCUUGUUUUAUGCUUAGUAUAUUAACCACGUGUGCAACGUAGAUUCUGUAGCUCAGUUUAUUGAAUUCAAAUACUCCUCUGUGGUCUUGUGAACUUAAACAAGAUAAACUUGCCUACAGAUUCCUAGUGUUUCUGGAAGGGUCUAAAUAAAAACUACAUAGAUUGUGUUUAGAUUAACAGAUUUAUUAGCUGUCAGCCAGAAUCUUUCACAUUGUGACUUGAAAGGUAAAUUCUUAGCAUAAACACAGAUUAAAACAGAAAACUGUUGCGUUCAUCUAAUGCCUUGUGCUGGAAUCUGAUAACAUGGACAGUACUAAUGGGUAUCAGUUUCAGCACCAUGGAAAUCCAUAACCAGUCUAAACUACUUAAAACUGAAAAAGAAACAAAAAUUUAAAACCUCUGAAUAUUUUCACUGAUGUCAGUCCAAAAGUUCGGUUUUAUUAACUAGUAAUACAGGUUUAGUAUAUUAAAUUGGUUCCUCUUAAGAUUGCUCUCACCUACAUAUUGCUAUCCCUUUAAAAUUUUGAGAUAAGAAUUUACCUUUCUGACUGAUUACAUGAGCAAAAUGAGUAUUGUAACCAGCAGUGUUCUAAAUAGGCUUUGAGUUCCUAAAAGCUUUAUCAAAGAGAUUUAACCUUCUGCUUCUCAGAUGGAUAUUGAAAGCUGCCUGUUUGCUAAGUAACUUUAACCUUUUCCUCAAGGGUACAUAUUAUUGCUUGUUUAGUUUUCAUUUACUAAAUACUUGGAAUGGAUUGUUGCAUUAUAUUAAGUGCUUUUCCUUUUCCAUGUUUUUCUUUAUUUAUUAAUAGACUAAUACCUCAUAUAUGGUCUUUAUAAAAAGCCAGUAAUUUGUGCAACAUUAUUGGAAUGUGCAAUAUUCUUACAGUAGGAAAAGUGCUGGAGUGUUUGUCUACCCUUUUUCUGUGUAAGUAGAGUUUUUUAGUUUCUUCUGUAUAAUUAAUAUAUGAUUCAAAUGAAAGUUGUAAUUCAUGUAGAUUCUGCUUUUUGUUUUCUUUAAUAUACUCUAGCACUCCUGUGCAUGAAUUAAAUUAUCUGCCUGAUUCGUAUCAUGUGGGCACCCAGUGAACAAAUUAUUAACUUAAAACUCUAAAUUACUUUCUCUAACAGAUAUAAGGUUUUAGAGGGCAUCACUGUUUGCAUAUGAGGAGAAUUGUUCCCACUGAUAAGACUUUGGCAGGAUGUGUCUUUUAGUAUUAAAUAGAGUAUUAGUGAAUGUCCUUUAAGGAUGAUGACUGUUGGAACUUGGAGGUGGGAGGCAAGUCUAGAAGCAGGAUGCAAAGGUUAAAUGUUAUUUCACUUCUUAGUCUAGUGCUUAUCUUCUUCAUUUAAAUAUUUAAAGUAUUAGAACCAAGUUACUUCUCCAAAGGUAUUUUUCUUCAGUUACAAGUUUGAGUCCAUUCUGUAAUUGUAAAUUAAAGGAAUAAAAGCUAAAAUGAGCACUGUAAAUUGUAGGAAACGCAGCCACACAGAACAUUUACAUCUGUUUCAAAUGACUAUGUGAAUUUGCAGUCUUUCAGGCUAAGCUUUUAGGUGAAACUCAAGUGGUUUGGCUGCUUCUAGGUUAGCUUCUCCUCUUUAGGGAUGCCCUAAAGUUUAUUCAUAUAAAGUGUACUUGUUUUCCUUGACUCUUUAAAGGCAAACUAUUAAACUGAUAAUAAAAUGAUAGUGUUGCUAGUUUUCUAGCUGAUAGUACCUUGAAAUGACUUCUGUCUACUUUUAUCUGCUUCCGAUUUAGUUCUCUUAAUUACUUGUCAUAGGAAAACCAACAAAUACUUCCUAUUAUUCCUGUGGCUCUCAAAGUGACCUUUCUGUUUGUUUUGGUUGUUGUUCCAAGGUGAAAUCCAAAGGAGAGCUCAUGCAUUGUUUUGCUU